AAAAGCGGCGCGAGAUGUGCUGCAGCUGAGGCCGGCUCACAUCCACAGUCGGCUCCUCUCGAGACGCACCGGCCGUGAGUGCUCUUGUUCGCCGUGCGCGCUUUCGGCUACGUCGAGGAUUACUUCGGUCCAACAGGUGGAGAACGCGCCCUUUCAAUCACAGCGCAGAGAGGAACAUUAUCCGUGGUGAAUCCACUUCUCGCUGUUGGAUCGUCGUGGCCACGUAAUUAAGCCUGCUUGGUACACACGCUUGGCAGCGAAAGGGAGCUACUUGUGUGUGUGUUUUACUACCGUCGAGCGGCCAAAGCAGCAGCGACCCGACGACUGAAAACGGCAAAUUAUUUCCAAGGUGUAAAUUACAUUGGUGUCUGAAAGCAGAAGUAUCCAUUACAAUUUAAAGGAUGGCAGUAAAAUUGACCGCACUCGUUUGCACCCUGUUGCUGGUGCUAAAUCCCGAGCUGACCAACGGAUCACGCUCCCGGAGUCGAUCAAAAUCCUCCGAGGAACGCAAGCACAACCCAAACGCAUGCGACCUGCCAUCGGACGGCCAGGUGUUCUGCUACUGCGACAACAACGAACGCAUGAUGGCCAGAGACGCAUCCUGCUGGGUCUUCAACGAGAUUAAGCGCGACGACCCCACGUGGGAACUGUUCUCGUCGCAGAACGAGCUGGUCAAGUUCAAGCUGCUGGUGCGGCCGCAGGGCAACCUUGACUACGUGCCGACGGACGCGAUCAAACACUUACACCACGCCAAGAGUAUUGACAUCCAGUACGCAGCCAUUCCGACCAUCCACCCACACGCAUUUGCCAACCUAAGCAAACUGGAGGAGCUCUUCCUCACAAGAAACCAAAUUCAAAAGGUCAAGCCGAACGCGUUUGCCUACUUGCCACGCUUGAAGCAGCUGAAGCUGGAGGAGAACCGAAUCUCGUCGCUGCAAGUGGGCACCUUCACGGGCGUGCCGCAUCUCACGCACCUCUACAUCAACCAGAACAACAUCACCAAAAUCGAAGAGGGCACCUUCGAGCUGCUCAAACACCUGGAAGUGUUGGGCCUCACGAUGAACAACCUGCAGAAAAUCUCGGACCGCGUCUUCCGCGGCCUCAUGCGUCUGGAGCAGCUCGAGCUGAGUGAGAACCAGUUGACGGAGCUGCCCGACAUGGUCUUCUCUGAGAUGUCCAACCUGCGCGAAAUCGAUCUUGACAGGAACGCGAUUCAAAAGAUCGGCACCUACGCCUUCGCCGGACUGCCGCGGCUGGAGCGGCUCUCGCUGGGUGGCAACCAGUUGACCGUCUUCGACACGUACGGUUUGCAGGGAUCGCCAUCGCUCAGCGUGCUCGACCUGCGCGAGAACGAGCUUCGCACCCUGACGCGCGAGACCAUCCAACCGAUGAUGAACCAGCUGACGAACCGAUCCGCCUACUUGCUGCUGACAGGAAACUUCUUCGAGUGCGACUGCAGGAUGAACUGGGUGCACGCUCUGCACAACGAGACCAACAGCGAGGUUGUUCGCAGCUUUUUGGAGGAGCUGACGUGCAACUUGAGCUCCGGUGACAUUCCCAACGCCCUUCUUGAGCUGGAGAAGAGCAAGGCGGUGCAGCCAGUGCGUUCCAGGAAUUCUGAAUAUGAGGAGGACUACGAUGAUGAGCACCUGCAGGAUACUGAGACGCACAACUACCCUCCGGCGGCAAAGCCCGUGGCCUCGCCGAGCGGCCCCGUGACCCGCCACCUGCUGGAAAUCCCGUCAGACCUGCUGCCAUGCCCGUCUCAACGCACCGCCCCACCGCCACAGUCGUCACCCGUCGACUUCAACCUGUACUACCCGAUCCUGUCGAGCGAUGCCCUGGCUGUGCAGCCGCUGCUGCUGUCUACCCUCGCCGCCCUCGUGCUGGCCAGACUGAUCUCGUGAUUCACCAGCCGGCCCGCCGCUUUCGCAAGCUUUUCCUAAAUCACACCGAUUUUUUUUCAACUUUCGAACCUAAAACAACUGGCUGUCGGCGCGAGAGAACUCGAAGCGUGUGCGUUUGUCCCAUUCUGAGCUGUAAAUUGCCCCUUUGUUCACGCAGCUAGUGCAACAAUUAUUGCCAUAGCCAAGAGGUUAGCUCCAGUUUAUUUAAUUCGCCCUUCAUUAUUAAUAUUGAGCGCGUAGGCGCUGUGAAAAUGAUGCUAUUGACAUCAAAUGUCUCUUGGCGAUCUCAUUAGCAUUCACUUUGCCAUUGUAAUAUCACCGAGUUCUCUCGCUCUCUCUCUCUCUCUCUCUCUCCAGCAGCCGGGCCCUUUGUCUCUCCUUUGUUGGCAGAGCCUUGCACACGUAUAAUUGUGUGUGUGUGCACCAGCUCUGUGUGCAUUCUGAUAUAAUUAUGCUCCAUUGUGUUGUUUCCAGUAAUGCAAGACACGCAGCUCGGAGGCUGAUUCUGUCGGCCCAGCCUUCGAGGCAGGCGUUCGUUCCGAGGUGGAUAGCAAUCAUUGCUUUAGUAGACAUGGCGGUUAGACCCCAUUAUGUCCUGUUAAUUUCACACACCUCACCCCUACAUUGCAUAUAACGAAUUCGGCGUGUCAUAAUAAGAGGUUAUUUAUGAAUCACUCUUAGGUUUUAAGCAGCGUAGGUCUGUAAUUAAGGAGAGGAAUCUGUGAGGGGAAGGUUCUGUUUAUAUAUUUUUUGGCGUUUUUCUCCUCCAACUUGUCACACAUUGUCGCAAUUCAAACGGGGGUUGUAUGGCACUCGUUUUGUAUACAAAAAAAAAGCUUUGCAUCUCGCAAAAAAUGAUAUUCCAGAAUCACAAAGAGUGGCAGUCAAUACAACACUAGUUUUGUAAGCGGAAUUGGAAACCCAUGGACUUGAGGCAAAUAAAGAGGAAAGAUGGAACCUGGAUUUGAAAGGUUCAGACAAAAUUUAGACUAUAUUAAGGUAAAUAAAACUCGUGUUUGUGUACACUUUUAAUGGGCCAUUGACAGACUCUAGAUCAUCCGUGAUUUAUAAAACUCGUUUAGAAUUCGAAUCGCUUGGCCAAAAACCUAAUCUGUGUGAUUUUAGACAGGCCCUCUCUAUUCUGAUUUUUGAAACAGAGCUUAGAACAUUCAGAUUUCUUUAAAUGUAAUUUAAAGUUUAAACCAUAGUUUUUUAAAGACCAAAAACCUUUGAUUGCUUCUUCAUCUCUGCUCAGGCUUUCAAUUGAUGAUUUCGACAACACUGUCAGACAUUGGUCCCAGAAAUUAACCUGUCGAACUUUUUGAUAAGUGUAAAAUAAAUAUUAACGCUGAUUGUAAGAGGCGAAGAGGUAUUAUAAUAGGCCCUAUUUGCCGUUACUUGUAUCAAUGUGCUAUAUUUGUAAACAGCUUACCGCAUAAGUAUUAUUACACAGUAAAGCAUUAGCGUAGACGUUUAAUAGAAAUAAAAUUUUGGAGAUCAAAAUUUCAGCAGUGGGGUGUAUGGAACAAGUUAUGUAUAGUGCAAAUGUGCAGUGAAAGAGAGCGAGGAAAUAUUUCUGAACUAAAGAGAAAAGCUGUGUGUUACUACUGUUUUUCUUUCUCUCGAAUUAUUAAAAAGAACGUUCUAUUUCCUCUUUCCCCGAAUCACGAAACAAUAGUCUGAAUGUUAAUUAUACUGUUCCACUUCAUGCAUUUAAAGUUUAAGAUAAAAUGAAUUGGCAUCGUUUUUUGUAAAACUGGACUUUGUGCGAAAUAAAAAUCUUUCAGACAAGUAAA